AUGACUUCAACAAUCAAGAUUGACAGUCGCACCCUCUCCUCGUUCAAGACCUCCAAGCAGUUCAAGGACAAUGUCGACGGAAAGCCAAUCACGUCCAUGGGCUUUGACGAUUCGGGAGAGUGGUUGAUCACCUCUGCCGACGAUAGUUCGAUGCACUUGUACAACUGCAAGACUGGAACUCAUACCAAGAAAAUCCUCAGUCAAAAAUAUGGUUGCGACCUCGCAAUGUUCACACACCACUCUCAGAACGUCGUACACUCAUCAACGAAGGGAAACGACCACACCGUGCGCUACAUGUCCCUCCACGACAACUCCUACAUCCGCUACUUCCGCGGCCACGACGCCCGCGUAACCUCCCUCCAACUCUGUCCCUCGGACGACCACAUCAUCUCCGCAGGCCUCGACAACACCGUACGUCUAUGGGAUCUCCGCUCCUCGACAGCACAUGGUGUUCUCAAUAUCCCGACACCGGCAAUAGCGACAUUCGAUAACUCCGGGAUGAUCUUUGCUGUCGCGUCGCAUGUGACGAGUUCGAUUCUGUUGUAUGAUUUGAGGAGUUUCGAUAAGGAGCCGUUCUCGACGUUUAGGUUGACGGAUGAUAAGUGGCUAUCGACACGCUCUUUCCCACCACGGAUGCCAGAGUGGACAACCCUGGCAUUCUCGAACGACGGUUCACAGAUCUUGGUUGGGACUUCGGGGGACGCACAUUACACCAUCGACGCGUUCAGCGGCCAGAUGAGGACGAGAUUAACGGGGCACCAGCCAACGAACUUUACGAGAAGUACUGGCGACGUAUGUUUUACACCGGAUGGAAGAUACGUCAUCGGAGGAAGCGGAGACAAGAAUCUGUGUGUAUGGGACACCCAUGCACCAACACGCGACAAGCUCAUCACGCCGGAACAUAUCCUCGGAGCGGCGGGUGCUAGUGUACCACACGUUGUUGGCUUUAACCCGAGAAGUGCGAUGCUCGCAACUGCCUCCACAGAACUCACGUUCUGGCUGCCGGACGUAUGA